AUUUACUGUUAGACCAAGUUAUAGACAGCUUUCGUGCACCCAAAGUUUUAAAAUUUUCUCAGUGGCACAAGAAAGCACAACUUCAUAUUUUUUUCUGUGUUUUGAGACCAAGGUCUCUCCUAGAAAAAAUCUGGUUUCCUCCUUGGCUUUCCUCCCUCUUUUUUUUAUUGCUUUUCAAGGGGUCACCACCCCACCUUUUCCCUACUUUUUAACCUGUUGAAAGGCCUAUAUAAGGAGGGGUUCUGUGUAAAGAAGGAUUCGAAGGAAGUAAAGGGUUUCAAGAGCAGCCUUCAGAGAGCCUUUUUUGCUCCAAGGCAAGGAAGGAAUCCAUAGUUUUACAAGGAAGCUUCCUGCACUUUCUAGGAAAGCCUAUAUCCAGGGUUGUAUAUAAAUCUGUCUCAGAUUUUUUUCAGAAGCCCAUCUGCUGCUGCUGAUUCUUCUCUCACCCAUCAUCUCUUUUAAACUCUCCUUCACAACCUGCUCAUCAGUAACAGCCAUUCUCAAGUCCCAACCUAUUGGUUCCCAAAAAUCCAUCAAAGUAAUCAAGAUAUCUGGAGUAUCUUUUAUCCCUUUUAACCUAUCUAUCAUCCUUUCUUCUGCAUUUUCUUCAUGUUCAAUUAAAACUAAAGGAGUCCAUUAAGGUCCUUUUCUGCAUUUCUGUUGAACUACUUGACUUGGGUUUUCUUUCCGUCUAUCUAAAUCCAUCAAAUCUCGGGUUUAUCCCGAAGCUUCUGUCUUAAACAUGGGAGUUGGAGGCACUUUGGAAUAUUUCUCUGGUUUAAUGAGCAGUGGCCAUAAACACAAGAAAAAGAAGCAGUUGCAGACUGUGGAGCUUAAGGUCAGGAUGGACUGUGAGGGUUGUGAACUCAAAGUCAGAAAAGCCCUCUCUUCACUGAAAGGGGUUAAGUCUGUGGAUAUGAACAUGAAACAGCAGAAGGUGACUGUAACUGGUUAUGUGGAUGAAAAGAAAGUAUUGAAGAAGGCUCAGUCGACAGGAAAAAAGGCUGAGAUUUGGCCUUAUGUUCCUUACAACCUUGUCGCUCAUCCUUACACUGCUCAGGCUUAUGACAAGAAGGCACCUCCUGGCUAUGUCAGGAAUGUUGAGACCAUUACUGCUACAGCUACCGUUCACACACAAGAAGAGAGGUACACCUCAAUGUUUAGUGAUGAAAACCCAAAUGCUUGCUCUAUCAUGUAGAUGCAGCAGAGAAAAGAAAAGAAAUAGAGAGGUUGAGGUUGCUCUACCACAUCUGAACUCUGAAGCAUUUCCCUACCCAUCACUGUAAAAAUCCAACCUGAGCUUUUCUUCAUGGAGUUGUAUGAGAAUAUUAACUAGAGUGAUAAGGGAGGGGCCUUGGUGUUGUUGAGUGGGGUCUCUGGAGCGCCUGUCGUGGACCUGGUUGGUGCUCUAGAAAGCUCCUUGGUAUAGAGAAAAUAGUGUAUAUAGGUUGUUAUUUGUUAAGAGACAGCUGCCAUCUCUGCUUUUACGUUCCUACUUUCUUUUUUUCCACUGGUGAUUGUCCUCUUCUCAUGCAUGAUGUUAUAAUAUCUCUUUUCUGUUUGGUGGGGAUUCUCUUGUCUA